AUGACGAUUAGCAAAAACAAUAAAAUGAUGUCUCAUUUGAACCGUAAGAUGAAGGUGGUAUUAUUGGAUUCUAGGACAUUCGUUGGUUAUUUCAAAGCUUUCGAUAAACAUAUGAAUAUUCUUCUGUGCGACUGUGAAGAACUGCGUCGGAUCAAACCAAAACCUGGCAAAAAGAUUGCUGAGGGAGAAGAAAAACGGACGCUGGGUUUGGUAUUAUUGCGGGGUGAACACAUAGUUUCAAUGACUGUUCAGUCUAAUGAACAGGAUGAGGAUUCAAAACAACAGGGAAAGGCCGGAAACAUUGGUGGACCUGGUGCAGCAAAACCAGCUGGGCGUGGGAUGGGACCACCUAUGGUUGGACCUCCUGGACCUGCUCCUGGUUUGCAGGGAGCAGUGCGUGGUAUUGGGGGUCCUGGUAUGGGAAUGAUGCAACCUCAACCAAUGCCUGGAGCGCCACCCUUCGUUGUUCCACAAGUUUUCCCUCCACGAGGACCAAUGUACCAUUAA